AGUAUCAUAACUACGUUUUGAUUUUUAAUUACAGAAUGUCUAGUCAGAGACUUCUCUUCUCUAGUAAAGACAUCUACUUCCUGUCAUGCCCUUGUUCAGACGGGCUUAAUUGUAAAGGUGAAGGACGUUACGACAUACCUCUGGGAGAACUAGGUACCUGUGUAAAGCCAUGUUUCACCAGCGAUGACUGUGGCCGUUUUGAAUGUUGUGUAAGUUUAACACGUCCAAUAGCUAAACGCUUCGCUGACCUUGCCCAGGCACCAGGUGAAUGUGAACCGCUCGGAAAAAAAGGAACUGAGUGUCUUGUAAACAAUGGUUCUGGCCGACCGGACGGUAUCGUGUUCAAGUCUUGUCCUUGCAAGAAACGCCUGACUUGCGUGGGAUCUGGUGACAUCACAAUACCUCUUGGAGAGAGUGGAGUGUGUCAAAAACUAAAGAAGAAGAUGUAAAAGAUGUAAAGUUAUGAUGUAAGAUAUGAUGUUAAAUGACAUUAUUACAGUGUACUGUUAGUGAUGAAUACUUUUGUGAAAAUAAUGAAAUAAAAAGUUAAAAGCA